CGCAGACGCCACGCUGGGCCGUCAUGAUGCGAUCCAUUUGGUGUUGUUCCUCAUCCACGGCAGCCCGCAGCCCGCAGCCCGCAGCCGACGUCGUCGUCGUCGUCGUACCCCUCCGCAUCCCCAGACGGCAGACGACGCACAUCGCACGCAGGACAGCAUACCACCAUGGCGACGACGAAGCUGUCCGAACGCGCCCUCACAGGCUUCGCGAAAGGCCGCCUGUACGACCAGUAUCGGCCCUCCUAUCCAGCCAAGGCCGUGACUAAGCUCCUGGCUGCGGCAGGAGUGGGCGGCGUCCGCGAUGCUCGCAUUGUGGACCUGGCCUCUGGGACUGGCAAAUUCACGGAGCUGCUCGCUGCCCGCGAAGAGGGGUUCGAAAUCCUGGCCGUUGAGCCUCAUGCAGGUAUGCGGAGCGAAUUGGAGAGGAAGAACCUCCGCCGCGUCGACAGCCGUGACGGGUCCGCGACCGCCAUACCCGCAGCGGACGGGACAAUCGAUGCUGUGUUUGCCGCCCAGGCCUUUCAUUGGUUCGCCAACCAGGAAUCCUUGCGCGAAAUCCAUCGAGUCUUGAAACCGGGUGGAGUGCUUGGGAUGAUAUGGAACAUUGAAGACUAUAACCAAACCAAGUCCGCAGCCAUGACUACGACCUGGGAAAGCAAACUGCACGACCUGACGUGGACAUUCGACGACAAUGAGCCUCGAUUCCGGCAUGAAAAGUGGAAGCAGGUGUUCGACAAUCAAGUCAAGUCAACACCUUUGACGAUCUUGACGUCGGCAAACCCCCUAUUUUCCUUGCCCCUGGGCGAGGACGAGGUCAAGUUCACGACUUGGCUGUCUAAGGAAUCGCUGUGGAGUCGCUACAGCACUCUGAGCCAUAUCGCUGUUCUCGAAGGAGAAGAGCUCGAGAAAACGAAGCGGACCUUUACCGAGAUCGUCAACGGGGAAGAUGUCGAGGCCAACGAGAAAGGGGAGAUCCCCAUCCACGGGGUCACUUACAUGGCUUGGACGAGCAAAAUACCGGAGUAAGAGCAAAACAUGGGUUUGUAUUCAAGAGCUAUCUAGCCAAUUAUGUACAUUCACUUCAAAGGGGUAGGACUUUGCCAUCCGUCCCAAGGAGGUCAUUCAGAGCUCAGCAAAACCCCAACGACUUAAUAUCGACAACAAACAACUAUCUUAUUAACUAGUGAACAUCCUCAGCGUCUCUGCCCCUGCCACCCAUUACGUCCAACCGCUUGAAAAAAGGGGAAAGGGAAAGUAUCUAAGUAAAAGUCGGCUUUCUCUCCA